AGUGCAAAUUAAUAGGCUCUGGCUGACUGUUUAAUUGAAUUAAAGAUAAGCGAUAAAGUCAAUGUUACUCCUUUUGUUUUAUUUUCUCUAUGAUCUAUGUCUAGCUCUUGGGAUUGAAGAUGGAACUAUUCCAUCAGACCAGCUGACAGCAUCCAGCGAAUACUCUAGCCAAAAUCUUGGGGCUCAUCGAGGACGGCUCAACACAGUACGAGAUGGAGAUGCAUACGGAGCCUGGGCAGCAGCAACUAAUGACCCAGAUCAGUGGAUUCAAGCCGAUCUCGGUUCUGUAAAACGCGUAGUUGGAGUAAUAACACAAGGGCGAAGUGAUGGGAAUCAAUGGGUUAAAACAUACAAAGUAACUUACAGUACCGAUGGUAGCAUUUUCACACCAGUAUUGGGAUCGAGUGGUCAAGUUGAGAUUUUUAGUGCAAACUCAGAUCGAAACACCGAGGUGAAAAACAUAUUCAACUCUGUUGUCUACGCUCAAUUCAUCCGUAUCAAUCCAAUUACCUGGCAAGGGCACGUCAGUUUAAGAUUUGAGCUUCUUGGCACAG